AGCUGAAGCUGAUGAGUUAGUUAAUGGGGUUCCUUUAGGGCCUCACGCUGUGAAGGUUUUGGUUGAAACUGCAAUAAAAGCAGACACUUUUUUAUGGCGACCUGCACAUAAUAUGUUUACUAUGGAGGAUGCAGUUGGCGAAAUGAUUGCAUGGCAUUCUGAUCACUGUAUUGUUGCAACAGCAGGUCUCAUUCCAGAAGACAAUGCUCCUACAAGCCCUUUCACAAGUUCAGUUAACAAAUGCAAGCUCAUGGACUAUAUACAGAAGGAGGAAGUGGUUGCUUUAGGCCGAUGGCAGACUAAAGAACCAAAAUCAUUGGUGAAUGGACUUCCUCUUGGUCCUAAUGCAGUAAAAGUGUUUGUCGAUGAGGUACUAAACCCAACGGCAUUCAUAUGGAGGCCUACUGUAGGAAAGACAAAUAUGGAGGAUUUUCUGAACUGUUAUGUAGCAUGGCCUGCAAAUUGCGUUGUGUUUGAGCCGGAUAUAACAGAUUCUCCACGUCGUCAACAAUCAGAUUCUAAAGCAGUGAGUUCAUCUUCUAAGAAUCAGAAGUCUCCAUUAACUCCACCAGCUCCUAAGAAACCAUUUACUCCUGCAUCUCCUCUUCGCAGAUCUGAGCGUAACAAAUUCAAGCCAAAUCAAAAAAUCCAGCUGCUGGAUCUGUCUGGAAACAAGGUGAUCGUCGCUGAAGGACGUUGGUCUUCGAGUAAUCCUGAGCAUCUUGUCCACUUUCAGCCUUUGGGGCUUGGUGCUUGUAGAGUCUUUGUGGAUGUUGUGAAGGUGAAAGAUGCAUCUGUGUGGAGGACUUCAUCUAAGAUUGAGUAUAUGGAAGAUGCACUUGGAAGCACUCUUGCUUGGCCAGAGGAUAAAAUUAUAACGGUGAGAGUUUUGUUCAUUUUUUUGUUCUUUCUCACUUGGAAGCACUCUUGCAUAAAUGUGAACCGAAGGUUAUGUCUUACUUUUCAGGUUUGACAAAAGAGCAGAAGGAACCAUGCAACUAUUUAAGUUCUUGUUGACAUAAAUGACUUGGUGUUUGCUGUUUCAGAACAUGGCUUUUGUUUUUCAAUUACUCGGUGUUUCUCUUUUUUUCAUGUGUCGGAUGGAUUGAAAUGUUUGUAUGGUUUGAAUGAUUUACUUAAGUUAAGACUUUAUGUUAUUGUGUUUGAUCCAUUUUAUCAUUUCAGUUUUACAAAGGCCCAAUAAGAUAAAUGUCCAUAUCUAGUUUACAAAGAACAAAUCACUAUUCUCGGUUUAGGGCAAGGAUAGGGGUUAGGAUUCUCAUGUUUUUGUUAGUGAUUAGGUUUAGAGAUUUCUUUUAAGGUUUAUUCUAAUCAUAGUUUUGAGGUCGUUUUAAAGAAACUAUAACACACAUUAAGACAAAAUUAUAUGUUAAUCACAAAAUACAUGAUGUAGUUCCCUUUCCACAUUAUCUUUCUUGUGAAAGGGUUAGCAUAUGUAGUGUUUAGUUUGAGGGUUAGGGUAUAUUGGUGUAGUUAAAGUGUUUAGUGGUUUAUAUAUUUAGAAAUUGAUGUCUAAAGUUAGAUUUAUAUUUUAGAAUCAUGAUUAUAUUUUUUACAAAUUUUAGAUAAUUUUAAAAAUAUUUAUAAAUAACCAGAAACAUAAUUUCUCUUCUUUUUUUAAUAGCCAUCGAUUGAUAUCUCAGAUCAAAGGCCCAUAAUCCACCAUCCAUCAGCUAUCCUCGUUCUCUCUUCCUAUUGGUUGAUUAUUUUAAGGCAAGGAUCAUAAUCUUGUCCGUUCGUAAAUGUUAAUCUAACGGUUCAGAAUUGUUUUUUCUUUUAUCUCCUUCCUUCUCUCUCAGAACGUACGCCCACCGCAAACUAGGUUAGAGAGUUAUCUCAAACCACCACAAAUCUCUUUGUGACACCACGAGCCCACCUCGACCCACCACUAAUCACUGUCUACCCAUCACGAUUCCAUCUCAAACAACCAUGAUUCUCUCUUAAGCGACCACGAUUUCUCUCUCUGGGUUUCCAUCGAACUCAUCCAUAUCAAAAGGUCUGCGCCCUCUAAAGUCUAAACCCUAGAUUUAUUUCAUCUGUAUGAUUAUUAUAUAUUUCUCUAAUUAAAAAGGUAACAACUCUUACAGAUCCUUAUAGAUUCGAACCCUCACAGAUCUGGGUUGGGAACUUCUUCAAAGGUCAGAGAUACUCGAUUUCCAUUUAUUCUUCUUCAAAUAUCAUCUUCGAUUUAUUAUUUCUUCUUCGAAUAAGUUUUCAUUUUCAGUUUAGAUAUUCAUAUUCAAAUAUCUAUUAAAGUUCUAACUUGUGUUAACUUUACAGUCUAGAAACUAUAAUGGAAGGAAGGAAGAGCAUCGUAUGUGCACUGCCGGCAUCUGGAGUGAGACCACAACUACUCCAAAAACAAAAACCACAACAAGAAGCACUCAACAGAGAACAAGAACGAGGACAGUCCUCGGGAGGAAAUGAUGUGGAGGAGAUAACCAGAACAGAGUUCAGAACCUCUCUUGGCUACUUGACACGCAUUGAGGAACCUGAAGAAGACAUCGACCCAAUGUUCAGAAACUCAUCUCUUUUCAGACGCCCACCACAAGCACAAGGACAGUCCUCGCGAACCAAGUCUGGCCGUCAUUACUAAUUGUUGUUUAUGUAUGUUGUUUAUGUCUGUUGUUUAUGUAUGUGUUUUUUUGCUAUAUGAUGAAUCAAUUGUCAGCACAUUAUAGUGCUUUUUGCAUAUUUCUAGUCUGGUUACAAUUACUAAAAUUUCUAUUUUUUAAUUUUCUUUUUUUACAA